UUAUGCGUUUCCGUCAGGGAGGUUACGUAACAAACAUGAAUGCAAGCUAAAUGAAGCGCAGGCAGUUCAAACAAUGCACUGGAUUAUUGUCACGGAGCUCCUCUUGAUGGGUUUCCUAAGUGAAUCUGCUGCCGAAGAAGUCGUGUUGAGGUGAGAUGUUGACUUACUCAAAGGUGACCUGUUGAAUUACUUUUACUUUGAAGGUAUUCAUAGGAAUAUCCAGCGUGCGGUAGCCAUAGCAAUUUAUAUCCGCGUUCGCCGAGUAAAGUUAUGUGAAGUACUUUCUUGCUCUAAAAUAGCAUGUGUAUCUUGGAUAAUGUUAAUUCGUGGCUUUACGUCGAGACAGAACUAUGAUCAUGAGUAAAUCUUGGAAGCGGGUAACACGAUUUUCGAAUAAUGUUUCCUAUAGGUUGAUUCUCAAUGACUCUCUUACAGUUCCAAACCAUCCCGUGACGAAUGGCUUGAAAGGCAGAUGAUGGACCAGUACCAUGUCCGUGAGAUGCCGAACGAAGAGAUCAUGCCUCAUAUGCCAUUCCUAGAUGCCAUACUUGAAAAUUACGACAAGCGGGCCUGGCCUACACAUGGCACUCCCAAGUCAACAAUUGUCGAUGUUCACAUCGACAUUCACAGCAUGGGGCCACUGGACACCUCAGAAAUGUCCUACGCUCUUGACCUUCAUUUGCACCAGGCAUGGUACGACCCUCGGCUCAAUCUCCAAAAGUUCGGCAUCAACGAAACGCUCACACUGAGAGGUGACCUCAUCAUGCCAGAUAUCUGGAAACCAGAUCUAUUUUUUGCUAAUGCCAAGAAAGCCUCGGUGCCGCAGGUCACGGUUCCUAACCAGCUGGUCAAGAUUGCACCUGACGGAAGGGUUUCGUACAGCAUGAGAAUUACUUUGUCCUUGGCAUGUCUGAUGAACUUUAGAAGAUUCCCGUUGGAUAAGCAGGCCUGCCCGAUGGUUCUUCGCCCGUACGCUCAGCGCAUUGAUCAAACGAAGCUUUCAUGGGGUAGAUACGAAGGCCUCGCACUCGAGUUUCCGAUUGAAAUGGAAGAAUACGAAUACGUUGACUACGUCAAGGGAGAGUACUUAGACUUCAGAAGUACAGGAACAUUUAGCUGCCUGAAUGCCACCUUCCUGUUCGACCGACGUAUUCACUACCAUUUGCUGCAGACGUACUUUCCCACCUGCUUAGCAGUGUUCAUCUCCUGGGUGGGGUUCUGGAUUCGCCUAGAACUUCCCCAGAUCCGCGUUGCUCUUGGCGCUAUGACCCUCUUUACUGUGACCUCCGUCGCUUCUGGUAUCCGGUCUACGGUGCCUCCCGUUGCUUAUGCCAAAGUAGUCGACGUUUGGAUCACAGGAUGCAUCAUUAUCAUCUUCGCUGAAAUUUCGGAAACUGUUCUCGCAAACUACCUCAUUCGUGUCCGUCUGAGACCAUACAUCAUGCGAAAGAUGGACUUUGGUGUCGCUAACCUAUUUCAUCAUUGGCGGUACGGCUACCCGACGGAUGACUUCUUGCUCAAAAUGGACCCGACGGAGAAGCUGGAGCUACAUCGCAACUACAAAAGAGCCGAGGCACUUGAUCGCACAUCGCGCUACAUCUUCCCCUUGAGCUUCGCUUUCUUCAAUCUUAUCUACUGGAUCCUGUACUCGCACGAAGAUUACGUAAUUGAAUUUCCAUAGGAUAACGUAUGCCUCGUUCCGCGCUGGUGAACUAUCAGUAAUCUUGUACCGCAUCGUGAACUGGAGCACUCCAUACUGCCAGUCUGCACAAAUGUGCACAAAUAAAAGUGUACAAGUACCUGGCUAUGAUUGACAUUGUAUUUCCGCUUGGUGCUUCUGAAGCGCAGAACAAAAGAGAGAGUGAAAAAGAAGACGCAACAGAUUGUUUGUGAAAAGUCAUGAUGAAUUCAGAAUGAGUCGCUGUGAUGUAUUCAGAAUAAGAAUACAAUGAGAAAUUAUAACACUAUCAAAAUCAAUUCGAAACUCGUUUUUUGGAUUUUACGUCAGUAUAGGCGCCUUUGAUAUAGUAAAAGUUAG